ACUUCGUCUGCUUUGACUUUAAUGGUUCAUCAUCAAAUAUCAAAAUGCAACAUGUGACCGUCAGACUUCUCCUCCUCCUCCUCGUCCUCCUCGUCCUCCAUCCUCUGACCUCAGCUGACCUGGAGGAGGUGGGUAAUGUGCCAGUGGAGGUCAUCGUUGACAGCUCCCCCUGCAGCGCCACCUGUGGGCUGGGGGUUAAAACUCAGACCCUGUGUUUGCUGAAAGAUGGCGAGACAGCGAUGGAAGAAGCUGUGAAAAAUCAAGAUGAAACAGAGGUGUCAGAGGAGUGUCGGGUCCGUAAGGUGAAGUGUCUGGAGUCGUGGCAGUGUGGACUCAGGACCAUGACGGUGACGUCAGGACAGAAAGUAGAGAUCGACUGUCUCGGAGAAGUCAUGGAGGCGAUGGGGAGGUUCACCUGGAGGGUGUCAUGGCGUUACGCCCGAGGAAUAAUCAGCUCUGACGACUCUCUGUUUGCCCGCUUUGGUGCUCCCCUGCUGGACCGAGUGAUUCUGGACCCCAUCAGGGAGGAGGACGCAGGUACUUAUUGCUGUGUCGUGCAGGAUGCUAACUUCCGCAGGGUGAAAAAGGUUUACUGGGGGAUCCGGGUUUUGCCCAUCGGGGUUCUAAAUCUGGACUACGAAAGCUCCCUGGCCCAGUGGGACUCCACUGGAAACCAGCAGAACCAGACUGUGUCGGACGAGCUUGACCACAUGGUGGCUCUUCUUGACAUGGUACUGUUUGGUUUAGGAAGUGAUGAGUUUGGGGACGCGAUGAUGAACUGAUCAUUAUUUUGGCAAUUAACAUUUUUUUUAAAUUAUUUGCUCAAUAUUUUAGUCAAUAAAAUGUAAAUCGUGAUAUAUUGUUGUGUAAAUGGCCAAAACAAACAACCAAACAAACAAACAAUUUCUGUCUGAAC